AAGCCAUCAAAAAACUUCAUUCUUCCGUUCUCGCAGCUAUUGUUACAUUCGUUCAGCACAAUGGCGGAUCAACCCACAGGACAAUCGGAACAGUACCAGGCCAAGGUCCUUUCUAAGCACCUCGACCCGGAUUUCACUGCUGAAUUCGACGGCACCGCCGUCGAAGCCGCAGGGAAUGCCAGCUCCUCCCAUUCCCAGGAUGGGCUUCCAGGAGAAUCGUCUCUCCGGUUACAGGGCGGCGAUAUCCACCGAGAUCUGUACCGCAUACAAGCUAAUGCUAAGCGUAUCAAACACCACCAACGAGCCGCGACCUUCUCGCAUCCAACCUAUGCAGCCUCUGAGGUCAGCCAUGACGAUAUCCCCAUUUCCGAACAGCUCCGUCCCGGGGGGUUCAGGAGGCAGUACUUGGAACGGAACAGUCGGUCUUUAAGUUUUGUCAAUGCGCCUGUGACGAGAAACUUUGUUUCAUUUCUGUCGCUAUACGGUAACUUUGCCGGCGAAGAUCUGGAAGAAUCCGAUGAUGAAGGAGAAACAGAAGAUGAAGAGGCUGCGGAAGAACCCAACGAGCAACGACCCCUCUUAGGAAGGCGUAAGAGCUCUAAGAGACUUAGGCAUCAGGGUCAAGCUUCCAAUGUCCAAUCUUUCUUCACACUGCUGAAAGCAUUUGUUGGAACCGGUAUUAUGUUUCUUCCAAAAGCUUUCAAGAACGGAGGCAUGCUAUUCUCCACCAUCACGCUCAUCACAGUUGCUUCGGUCACUAUGCUCUGUUUCCAGCUACUACUGCAGUGUAGGGCACGGUACGGUGGCGGAUAUGGCGAGCUUGGUGAAGCGGUCGGUGGCCGCAAACUACGAUCGUUGAUUCUCACGUCCAUUACCAUAUCACAGAUUGGAUUCGUAUGCGCUGGGUUGAUCUUUACGGCGGACAACUACUCGUCCUUCCUGGCCGCCGUGACUCCGAAAAGCUCUAUUCCACUUUCUACCAAUGCUCUCAUCGGUAUUCAGAUUGUAGCAUUGGUUCCCAUGUCUUUCAUCCGGCAUAUGGAGAAGCUUGGGCCGGCCGCGCUUCUUGCAGACGUAUUUAUUCUCAUCGGUUUGGGAUACAUUUACUGGUACGAUAUUUCAACCAUUGCAAAGAUGGGCGGUUUUGAGCCCACUGUCCGCGCAUUCAAUCCCCGUGAUUUCACACUCACUAUCGGCUCCGCUAUUUUCACCUUCGAAGGCAUCGGUCUCAUCCUCCCUAUCCAAUCCAGCAUGAAGCAUCCUGAGAAUUUCAACAAGCUCCUUGCUAUUGUCAUGCUCAUCAUCACCAUCAUCUUCACAUCAGUCGGUCUUCUGUCCUACGGUACUUUCGGCGAGCGCGUCAACGUUGAGCUCAUCAACAACUUCCCGCAGUCCAGCAAGCUUGUCAAUGCCGUACAAUUCCUCUACGCCACGGCUGUCAUGGUUGGUGAACCCGUCCAGCUCUUCCCGGCUCUGCGCAUUAUCGAGGGCAAGAUCUUUGGCCACCGCUCCGGCAAGCAGGAUGCCAUGACCAAGUGGAAGAAGAACGGCUUCCGGAUGUCCCUCGUCUUGCUCACUGGCAUCAUUGCCGCCGUCGGCGCCAGCGAUCUGGACAAAUUCGUUGCCCUCAUUGGAAGCUUCGCGUGUGUGCCUCUCGUCUACAUCUACCCAGCUUUCUUGCAUUACAAGGGUGUUGCGGAAUCGAAUCUUGCAAAGGCUGGAGAUGUCCUGAUGAUGAUUAUCGGCUUCGGGGCUAUGGUGUAUACGACCAGCAUCACCAUUGCACGUUGGGCGGAGACGUAG